AGUUUCUACCACUCCAAGUGCAAGUCUCUUGAGUUAUAUAGAUCGACCAGCUGAGACCAUCCGCAGCCUGAUUGAAAAAAAAAAAAAGAAGAUAAACAGAACUCUUCGUCGUCUCGGGCCUCCCAUUAACUUUGCCUCCUGUUACUUAGAUUCUUUCUUGAGCUUUAGGCGAUCAUCUCGGUCCCCCGAACUGCUCUGCUACCCAAAACCACAAAUGGUGCUACCAAAACGUGGCCACAGAUUUUUCAAAUUCAGAACUAGUGAUAAUAAUAAUACUAGCCCUUUUUCUUGCCAAAGCUCCACUGCCGAUCAUUUCAGUUUUUAAGCGAAAUUGAGCUUUCAGCCUCUCCUCUUGUCGAUCUGUUUAACAAACAUCCACCUACAAGUACUCUAUCCAUUCUUAAAGUCUACUUCUACAAUCAAGAUUUUCAAGACCGGCGGCGGCGGGAGGUAUACUCAACUGCUCAAGAGAUCGAUCGAGAAGGCAUCCAUCGUCCAACUAAUUAUUAUUGCUAGUGCACCAACAUACUAGUAACAUCUGUUCUCCCUGUCCGGACCCCCCGUUGCGUUAGAUCCCACCUGUAACAGUGUGUUGCACUCAACUGAUCAUUGCCCCUCCUUUUCUUUUGAACUUUCUGAUUAUUUCUUAGAUAUACACGUAUCUCGCUCCCCAGAAGGCAAGCCAGCGAGCAAAUGUUCUGUCAGGAAUACGAGUUUUCACGAGAUCGAGUGGUAGGUAUGGCUUGGAUUAUGCUGAGAAUUGAUUACUCCAGGCUGUUUUGGCUGCUGUUUGGCGUCUUCUCUUAUGAAAAUCACGAAGGAAAACCACGGAUCAUCUAGCACCCGCCUGCCUUUCUUUUCCCAAAAAAACCAAAAAAAGGCAAAGCAUCUGUCAAUAUUUCAAAUUACGACGUACUCUAGAUUGCAACCUACUAUACGUACAGAUUCCCAAUAACAUUAGAAGAUUGAUCCUUUGUACUGUUAUCUAGUCUAAUAACCAUGCUCAAGUCACGGUUGGUGGAACCACCAAUUCUUGAUGCCCAGUCGCCUGCCGCGUACGCAGAAGUGGAUCCAUCCGGCACCGGACGAUAUGGUCGCUUUAGAGAAAUUCUGGGUAAAGGAGCCAUGAAAACGGUGUACAGAGCAUUCGAUGAGGCCCUGGGAAUGGAGGUGGCUUGGAACCAGGUGAAGCUCAACGACGUCUUCAGGUCACCUCAAGAGCUGCAGCGGCUUUAUUCCGAAGUACACCUCCUCAAGAAUCUGGAUCACCCUUCCAUCAUGCGAUUCCACGCUUCUUGGAUCGAUGUUCACCGCAGAACUUUCAACUUCAUCACCGAAAUGUUUACCUCUGGCUCCCUCAGAGAGUACAGACACAAGCACAAGCGAGUAAACAUGCAAGCAGUAAAGAACUGGGGUCGCCAAAUCCUGGAAGGCCUUGCUUAUCUGCAUGGUCAUGAUCCCCCGGUGAUCCAUAGAGAUCUCAAAUGCGACAACAUCUUCGUCAACGGCCAUCUUGGCCGGGUCAAGAUUGGUGAUCUUGGGUUGGCAGCCAUACUUCGUGGCUCCCAUCACGCGCACAGCGUCAUAGGUACACCCGAGUUCAUGGCACCUGAAUUAUACGAAGAAGAUUACGACGAGCUAGUGGACGUCUACUCGUUUGGGAUGUGCAUGUUGGAGAUGCUCACUUCUGAGUAUCCCUACAGCGAGUGCUCCAAUCCAGCUCAAAUAUAUAAGAAAGUCACUUCGGGAAAGCUUCCAGGUGCAUUCUACCGGAUUCAUGAUCCCGAAGCCCGGAGGUUCAUAGGGAAAUGCUUGGAGACGGCUUCCAAAAGGCCAUCUGCACUUGAACUCUUGAGAGAUCCAUUUCUUGCUUAUGAUCGAGAAGACGAGCUGCUGGAGAUCACAGGAAUACCGUGUUUGAUGCCCUGUAGUCCACGCAGACGAGAAGAAGUGCUGCAAAUGCCAUCGACUUUUUGUGAUCAGAAAAGGAGCACCAACAUGACGAUUACUGGGACCUUGAACCCAAAAGAUGACAGCAUCUUUCUCAAAGUACAAAUCUCUGACAAGGAUGGUCAAGCUAGAAACAUAUACUUCCCAUUCGAUAUUUCCAGCGACACGGCAAUGGAUGUAGCAGGAGAGAUGGUAAAGGAAUUAGAGAUAACAGAUUGGAAACCAAUUGAGAUUGCUGAGAUGAUUGACGAGGAGAUCUCCGCUUUGGUUCCGUCCUGGAAGGGAUGCCCACGGGGUUUCCAUCAGCAGCGGCAGCAUUCUUUCAGAUAUGACCAAGAGGAUGACGACGACCACCACAGCACGCUCCCACCAUUUUAUUCUCUUUCCUCCCAACAUUCUUCCUCCCAGGCAUCUCUCCCUGGUCUUUUCCCUUCUGGCCUCCCUGACUGGAUUCAAGAGGACUUGAGUAACUAUGAUGAUGCCAGUAGUUCUCAAAGCUCUUUCAACUCGAACAAACUCUCCAACUUGUCUUAUUUCUCAGACCGCGAAAUGAAUGGUUCCACAUUCAGUUCCAAAACUGGAGAGCCACAAAUAUUCAUGGGCACUGCUACCACUACUACUGGCAGCAGCAAAUGGACAACAAGGUUCUGUCCUGAUCAAAACAACAUGAGCAAAUAUUGCACCGAUGAUGAUCGCAAUCUAGGGAUGCCAAGGGUUCGAUCGCUAGUAGAUAUUCGGAGCCAAUUGCUGCACCGAUCCCUCGUGGAGGAGAUCAACAGAAGGCGAUUGUUCAAAACUGUUGGAGCUGUUGAGAAUAUUGGGUACCAUGAGCCGGGUGGUUAUGACUUCUUUCCCGGAAAUGCAUCAGUAAAGAGUGGUGAUGGGAGAUAUGUUAGAAAUGUUUCAAAGCAAGGAUUUGAAUGGUAGGGUUCCAUUCCAUUACUGAUUACCCGUACGUAAGUGCCUGUUUGGAGGAGGUGUCCAAUCUUUUUUACGACUUUAUUUUCUUUUGAUGUGUAUUAGUAAUGGAUGGGAGUGUCCAAACAUAAACGGAUGUUUUGGUUUGAUAUGAAGCUCUGAUACAAGCGUUCAUAAAUUCCUAAUUA